CCUAGAGAACCUGUUCUUGCCAUGGGGGUGUGCAAUCGACGAAGACCAAAGAGUCGCUCAACUCAACCCCCGCUCUUUCUCACUCUCCCUUCAACCCUCGCUCAGAGAAUCCAACAGCGAGACCGCCCAUAGAAGUGACGAUGUCGACGCGUUUAGCGCCGCAAAUACGAAAUCGAAGAGGUGGCCAGCAAUCUCGACGUUGCCAGGGUGCGACAGCUCAGGAUCUCCAGCUCCUUGUCGCCAGCCUUCAUCUUGCCUUUACACUGCCCGGCGCAAUCAGCGUGCGUGUUGACCAACCGGUCAAUGACGCGAAUCGCCUUUUUGAACAGAGAAGCUGGUGGAGGGAGGAGAAGCAGCUGGGCUGCUCGCGGCUGAAUCAGUUCACCACCGUCAGCGUGAAGGUUAUGUUCUUGGCGACGGAGUUUGAGGCUUGGCGGAGGGAGUGAAUUUGGGGCGGGAGGUCCCGUUCUUCUCGAUCCAACGCUUCUCUGCCAUUCCAGAUCUGGGGACCAUCAAAAUAGAGGACGAUUGGAGUU